CCUUCUUCCUUCAUUUAAACAUCAGAAGGGAGAAGGACAUCAUGCUUGGUAAAAUAGUGGGUCCGCGAAAAAGAGCAAGACCCUCAACAAGAUGGAUUGACACCGUGGCUGCAACAAUAAGCUUAGACAUAGCAACAAUUGUGAGGAUGGCACAGGACUGGGCAGUGUUUUGUUCCGUGAGACAUAGGGUCGCUAUGAGUUGGAACUGACUUGAUGACACGUAACAACAGCAACAAUAAUUUAUCAUAGCUCCUCAGGUCUGACAGGUUCCUGGGUGGCCCAAACGGUUUGCACUCCGCUUCUAACCUACAGGUUGGUCUGUUAGAAUCCACCCAGCGGCGCUGCAGAUGAACGGCCUGACAAUGAGCUUCUGUAAAAGAUUAUAGCCAAGAAAAUCCUCCGGAACAGUUCUACCCUGAAACACGUGGAAUCACUAUGAGUUGGAAUGGACUUGAGGGCAAGCGGUUUUCUCAGGUCUAAAGGCUCAUGAGUCCGAAUCGACUCGAUGGCAACGGGCUCGCGUUUUGAAAGGCUCCUUAGAGGGUCAGGCCAUAUCACAUGCCCUCAUACUACAAAUGGGGAUACUGAAGCCCACAGAGCAGAUGAGGUUUUCCUAAAGUCACACAACGAAGCGAGAAGUGGAAUCGGAACCAGGGCUUCGAACCAGUUCAUUCCAGUUCUAACCCCUGCUGAGAUUUGCUGUACAAGUUCCGAGGCCUUGCUACGGCUGCUGGUUAGGGGCCAAUUCUGUCCUCAAAAUUUAUUAUACAUAAGACUCACCUGGGGAUCUUGUUAAAAUGUAAAUUCUGGUUCAGUACAUUUGUGGUGGAAAUGUAAAUUCUUCCAGGGGUUCAAACCGAACAGGUUUUAAGUCCAGAUCAGAACCCAAGUCACUCUCAUUCCAUAGAUGUACUUCCGAGGGACUUGUGUUCUUUUAAAUCAACCCUUGUUUUACGCGCGUUAGGAGAGGCGAACGAUUUAAAGAGUUCCGGAGGGGCGAAUAAUUGGUUCUUUCAACGGAAUCUUGCCGAAAAACCAGCUGCGCCUGGGCGCAUUGGUGCUUUAAGACAACACUAACACGGCGGCCACGUGUCCUCCACUUCCGGGACCCUUAAGGCCCUCGCUUGGGGUCUCGAAACCCGGCCCUUACCUCAUGGCAUCUCGGGAAAUGUAGUUCCUCCUUUCUCCAGACAGGAUAAUGCGGGGCGGCUUGGAACUGCAUUUCCCAGAAGACUCUGCUCGCCGUCAUGUCAGCAGGGCAACAGGCAGGUGGGGAAAGUUGUCUUCCUGAGCUUUUUUAAUUUUUGUGGAGAAAUGAGCAACAGCGGACAGAAGCCUCUAGCAGCGCCUUGUGUGGGCUGUCUGGUCUGGCGCAACUGGGCGGAGGGCGCCGAGACCACGGAGCUGGCAAUAUAGCGCUGCUUCUGGUCGGGGGACAAAAAUCUGCGGGCCGCCUCUCCUUUAAUUGCAGUAGGCGGGGAGCGGUGGCGCGACCCGCGUUGCUAUUGGCGGCGGUUGGGGGCGCGGAAACUGAACGGGCCGCAACGGCUGCUGCCGCUGCUUCUUAGAGCUCUCGGGACUCCUCGGGCGACCCCAGCCUGGCGAUGGCUAUACCCUGCCCGGAGGACCCCUCGCUGGAGAGGCAUUUUAAGGGCCACCGAGAUGCAGUUACCAGUGUGGACUUCAGUCUCAACACGAAGCAGUUGGCCAGUGGCUCCACGGACUCAUGCCUCAUGGUUUGGAACAUGAAGCCCCAGUCACGUGCCUAUCGCUUCACGGGUCACAAGGACGCCGUCACCUGCGUGCACUUCUCGCCCUCGGGCCACCUGCUUGCUUCAGGCUCCCGUGACAAGACCGUUCGCAUCUGGGUCCCCAACGUCAAAGGUGAGUCGACGGCGUUCCGUGCGCACACAGCCACGGUGAGGAGCGUCCACUUCUGCAGCGAUGGCCAGUCCCUUGUGACGGCUUCAGACGACAAGACAGUCAAGGUGUGGUCCACCCAUCGCCAGAAAUUCCUGUUCUCCCUGAGCCAGCACAUCAACUGGGUCCGCUGUGCCAAGUUCUCCCCCGAUGGGCGGCUCAUUGUGUCUGCCAGUGAUGACAAGACUGUCAAGCUGUGGGACAAGACCAGCCGGGAGUGUGUCUACUCAUACUGUGAGCACGGCGGCUUUGUCACCUAUGUGGACUUCCACCCCAGCGGCACAUGUAUUGCUGCUGCCGGCAUGGACAACACAGUGAAGGUGUGGGAUGUCCGGACUCACCGGCUGCUGCAGCAUUAUCAGCUGCACAGCGCAGCGGUGAACGCCCUCUCCUUCCACCCCUCGGGAAACUACCUGAUCACGGCCUCCAGCGACUCAACCCUGAAGAUCCUGGACCUGAUGGAGGGCCGGCUGCUCUACACGCUCCAUGGGCACCAGGGACCAGCCACCACUGUUGCCUUUUCCAGAACAGGGGAGUAUUUUGCUUCUGGAGGUUCUGAUGAACAAGUAAUGGUUUGGAAGAGUAACUUUGAUAUUGCUGAUUAUGGUGAAGCUGUAAAAGUACAGAGGCCCCCAGCCACGCUGGCCAGUUCUGCUGGGAAUCUGAAUGAACAAACAAGACAUAAAGAGGCUGUUGAAGUGGGCUGCUGGGUGCCCAGGUGUAGGGAUUGUUUCCAUGGCACGUGCUGCUGCUUGCUUGAGGGCUGAGGAAUUGAAAGACCUUUCUCAUAGAAGCCCUAGGCUGCGGGGCCUGAAGCCACAGCUGGGACCAGUGGGAAAGGCCAUGUUGCUCUCACUUCCUUUUUUUUUUUUUUUUUUUCAAACCUUGGAGAGUAGGAAGUUCCUCAGCCAUGAACCGUUUUUAGAACCUUUGUUGGUAGAGGGCAUGCGGUGUUCCUGAGUUAAAAUACUGAACAAUAUUUUUGGACGAAUAUUUGGGGGGAAUUGAUAACUGCCACGGUCGCAUUGAAUAAGGCACUCGUGCCUCAGCUGAAAGAAGUAUAAAGCCGAAGACAUUGGAACCUGAGGGUUUUAGAUCCUGUGGUCAUAGCCUAUUGACAUCUCUCCCGCCUAGACCUCAGAGGCAGCAUGGCCUCCCCCAGGCAAGGACACAGGCCUGAACAAUAGGAAGUGGCUCUUCCAAAUCCCCCAGAAGUCAAGGCUGGAGCCCAGAAUAGAGCCAGGAAGUCUCCUGCGUCCACCCUGGGACUUUCUUUGGCUCCAACAGAUUGUAUCUCCCUCCCCUACCCCCCAUGUAACCCUGCAGGACUGUCCUCACAGCUCCGCCCGCUGGGGAUCACCACCUGGGGCUCACAUAGGGGAAAGGAUGCGGUCUUGAGGUCAGAGAACUGGGGUUGAGGCCUGGCUGUGUGGUCAUAGGCGAAGUAGCCACUCACGCUAACCAAGCCUCCAGCUCCAUGAUGGGACCUAAACACCCCAACAAGCAGGCUCUGAGGACCCCAUAUGUAACGUAGGUGAGCUGUGCUAAGCCACAGCGUGGCUGGUUAAUCCUAAAUUGUUGUUUGUUUAGAUCAGGGCUUUGUCCUUAACUGUCCUAUGUACCUUUGAGACUCCAAGUUAGGUGGGCCUCCUGUAGACACACGUCCAUGCCUGUACAUACACAGCACAGGGCAUACUCUUCCGGGGCCUUUUCUGAUCCCAGGGCCCUCUCUGAUCCCGGGGCCCUCUCUGAUCCCGGGGCCCUCUCUGAUCCCGGGAUUCCUAGGUCAACAGGAGACCUUGUUUUUAAAACACUGCUUAGUGGUUGGGUUUCCUUCUGAGGGUGGAAGGGAAGCUGACUUGUGUCCUCACCCUUCCUGCCCAAGGGCUUCCCUGGAGCUGAGAUAAUAUCUGGUGGCUGGCUCCAUGGAGGCUAGCCAGGGUGGCUCGGCGCCCCAAGGAGCCCAUGAGCACUGCAGCCAUGUCCUAGGAGCUUGUGAAUCCCAUGAGCUUCUGCCCUCUCCAGCUCUGUCCACACCCGGGGUUUUCAACAGUGGCACUAUUCCUGUGUUGGGCCAAGUAAUCCUUGUUGCGAGGGCUGCCCUGUGCAUUGCCGGAUGGUCAGCAGCAUCCCUGUUCUCUCUUCACUAGAUGCCAGUAGCACCCCACUUCCCCAGUUGUAACAACCAACAGUGUCUCCAAACAUAGCCAGAUGUCCCCUGGGGGGACAGAGUUGUCCCCAGUUGGGAAUCACUGCAAUAACUCCUGCCUCAGAAGGAAGUCCAGAAAUGAAGCUGGUCUGGCAGCAGGAAGAGUAUGGCGAGGAGGGGGCUGUCCUAGUGGUAGGAGAACCAUGGGUGGGGUGGGACCAGCCAUUCCCUGGGGUGAGGACUCCAGAGCGGGUUUCUGGUGGAUUGGGCCAUGUCUGGGUUCCUAACAGAUGCCCGUUUUGUAAGAAUGUUGUGUGGCUUGUCAAGCUUUGGGAUUCUGCAGAGGUGAUGGUAAACAAGGAAAAAGGACCUUUUGCCUGUAGCAGCUUGGUUAGAGUUGUUCUUGCCCUACCUGCCCAAGCGCUUCCCAGCUCUGAGAUAACAUCUGGUGAGGGGUUUGGUGACUGAUCAGGGUGGCUGCUCCAGGGGCUCAGGAAUCUGGGCCUCAGGUUAUGAAGCCACAUUUGGGAAUUUUAGGAAGCCAGUUGGGCCAGGUGCUAACUCUUGAAUUCCUGGCCACGUGCCAGUUCCAGCGUGGCAGUCGAAAGCCAGUGGGGCAGACCCACCGUAGAUAGGACCUGGGCAGCUCUGGGAGCCUGCAGCAGUCCCCGUGCCCUGGAAAUGCCCUGCCGUGGCUGUGGUGUCUCAGCGCUCAUUCUUGGAUGAAGGCUGUCCUUGAGCCCACUCCGCACUGAGCUCCGUUCACUGCACGGUGCUAUUUUCAACUGCUGGCUGAGAUGCACGGCUUAUUUUUAGGCACAUUUCGUGUUGCAAAGCAAAAGCCACUUCCCAGACAUUCAGAAUGAGAAUAAUGGAUUCCAUUUUCCCUCUAUUUUUGGCAGAAUUGUGCAUGAGGCGGGAUUUCAGGGCUUGUGGCUGGGGAGCAUUCUCUGUUUUGAAGGUUGCAGAGGAAGGAUUGACGCCCGUGCUAUAGGCUGGGUGGGCAGGGCAUGACAGGUGUCAAGGCUGGAGGAGGCUUGGAGGGGCCACUGCGGCGAGACGGGUGCCCUGCACAGGGCAAGGUGGGGUUCAGGGAGCUAUCGGAGCGGGCUCCUGCCGGUGUUUUCGAGGGUGGGUGCCUCCCUCUGUUCUCUGCCAUGGCCUGGCUCCUCGCCCCCUCUGUGUAUAUCCCCACGGGUUCUUACACUCUACUGUUGUCUGUGCCUUGGGUCUGUCCAUGAGGCACAGCACCUGCCCCUCCAAGCCCAGCCACCAUAGGGCCAACUUCUGCCUCAACCGCAGAAGCAUUUUUUGACCACUUUUAAAUAACAGUUUUUAAAUAGCAAAGAUGCAUUUGUCUGAUCUACUCUUGCCUCCCUCCAAGCAUGUGAGGGCCCGUUAUGCAACCAGGAAGGCAGGUUCUGCGGGCUGGGGUGGGAGGGGAAGAACGCAGAGUUCUAGAUAAUUCACUGAAACUGAAAAACAGAAUCGCUUCCUGAGUUCUCAGGGCUGGCUGCCCUCGGUUCCGAUGGUGACCUUGAGUUCUGGGGCCAAGGACUUUUUUCCCCUUGGCUCUCAAAAAAAAAAAAGACCUCCUCAUUUUAAGGGGAAAAUCUCAUCUGUGGUUAAGAGCCUGGGUCCUAACUUAAGCAAACUUACACUUGAAUCUUGCCUUUGCCUCGCCUAGGCUGUGACCCUGGGUGCAUGGCCUGACCUCCAUGAGGCCAUUUCCUCUCUGUCACAUCAGGGGGUGCUGGGUCCUCCUUUGGAGAUCGCAUGAGAUGGGGCGUGCCAAGCAGGCACUUGGACUGUGUCUGGCACGUGGCUAGUACUCACCAGGCUUUAGCUGUUUUAAAAUGUUCCUUUUCCCUCCUCUGUCUGAUUGAGAGUUAGGUGGCCCCUGCCCUGCCCAGUCAAAGUGAUUGGGAUGAGGGCAAGCAGGUGGGGGUGGGUGGUUCUGACCAGGAGAAUUUUCAGUUGACUACUCUCAGCAAGUGGUCCUUGUUCCACAGUGAGCUUUGGACCCCUGCAGGCAUCAGUGGUCCUUCCCCACUCGCUUCUGUGAUUGACUAGGGCAAAGUGUCUGGGGUGAGAACCCAGAUCUUGAGCAGCUACCUCAGGUGCCCAGGACUCCCAGAUUCUUGAUGCUAGAACCAUCCCCCAGGAAGGAGAUGCGGUCGGCUAAGAAUGUCUGGCUUGAUCCUGCAGCCUCAUCCUUCUCUGAGGACGGCCUGCUGUUUCCUCGUCCUUCUGGCUCUGAGGGCGAGGCCUCAGCCACCUCUUAUGUUCAUGCCUCAGGCUCCAUGUUUCCAUUUGGCGCCACCACAGGAGUGGGCUUGACUUAGGGUUGUUGAACCCCAGCUCCUGGACCAGAGACUCCUGGCACUAGAUUUCAUCCUGUGUUAAGGAUCUAGAGGUGCUGGGCACCUGUGGUGGCUGUUCAAGAUUGGGUCUCACCCCAGGCACCUUGCCCUGGGGAGUCAUGGGGGUGGGGAGGUGGGGAAGAGGCUGUUUCCACCCACCACAUAGAUUUGCUUUCUCAUCUGGGAGCACAGAGGACUUUGAUCUCUUUCCGGAGAACAGAAGUUUCUGGCCUGGCAUUCGCUGACUCUCAAUGGCUGUAAAAAUGGUGUGGCAGCAGUGUUGUCCAGUCUCCUUGUCUAACUUCACAGGAGGGAGGAGAGAGAGUCACCAUAAACAUCAGCGCAUGACUGAUUCCUAUGAGGUGGAGGUCAGACAUACUUCCACCCUCAGUCUUUUUACCAUUUCUGACGGCAGCUGGCCCUCCCGUGGCACUCUCUACUUCCCUGCUGGUUCAAUAAUUCAUUGCUAUGGCCACACAGAACUCAAAGACCAUACUUAUAAUUAUCGGGUUUAUUAGAGAAGUAACAGGUUACAAUUCAGGAUCAGUAAUGACUCAAGAUACAGUUAUUUGGUCAGGACAGCUCCUCGGCUGUGCUCACAGGCAGGCCUCUCCCUCAAUCCCUGGGCCCUCUGGCUGGCCUCUGCUUCGCUUGGGAAAGUGUUACAAAGCUGUUGAGCUCCCUGAUAACAGCCCAGAGGCACCCUGCUCCUCCAGGAAGCCUCUUGCCUGAAGGCGCUCAGCUUUCUUGCUCUGUGGUUCUGCAUGACCACUGUAACCACCUUGCUCUGUGGUCCGGGAAUCCCACUGUGCCAUCUCAUGCUGGUCUCCUGGUUCUGCUGCCACUGUUUCUCUGCCACUGCUCCCCCUGCUGCUGUUUCUUGCUGUCUUGCAGCAUCUCCAGUGUUACAGCUGCCUCUGUCUUCUGGUCUAGGAAAUUCUCAGUGCAGGGACCCUGGGUCCAAAGGAUGCAUUCCACUCCCAGCUCGUCUUUUUGGUGGUAGUGAGGUCCCCUCGUUAGGGUUCCUUACACCUUACUUGCAUGGUCCUACCCACCCCCAAGGGUGCCGUGCAGCUUAUUUGCAUUAUUAGCAAGCUGUCCAAUGGCCUUGGUGGGCUACAAGCACCUCAUUUGCAUAGUCCCACCCAGUCAUUGGGUGGGAGUCACAAGACCAUGGUGAGAAAGGCCAUAUAAAAAGCAACCCAGCACAGAGCAGUGGCAGAGUUUCAGACCGGAAGAGUUGCCUUUUUCUCAUCUUUACCUACAAGGAAGUCAUGAAAAGUGCUCUGGGUUUCUUAGUUUCAGUGGGAAGAGAGAAGAGACUAGAAAUACAGAAGGGUUGAUAUUUGUUACCAACUACUCAUCAGAUUUUUUUUUUUUUUUUUUACAUUUCCCACUUGGAGCAAAGCCUGCUUGGGCAGUGGCUGGUGGGUAAGAUGGCUAAGCAAAGUCCAAGAGCACCACAGGCUCCUUUGCUCUUGGCAGAGGGGCCACCCUAGGCCCAGGGCCCAAGUUGGGGGGCUGGGCCCUUCCCUCUGUGUCCGACUUGUCAUGUCCACUACUGGGAAGCAGGCAGGGGCCUGUCUCCUUUCCUUCCAGAAGCCCCAGCCGACUUGCCAGGGAGAUGGCUCAGAGCCACUGCCAGUUACAUGUUCAAUCAUUACUGUGUUUCUUUAAAGAGAGGGGUUUGCCUUUGACAAGUACAAGGACAGUAGUCACAGAAAUACAUCAGGAGGCGCUCUCUGGGCACCCAGGCAGUGAUCCUGAGGAGACAGGCCUUUUAACAUUUGACGUUUGUUGUAUUAAGCCUCUUGGAGAGGUUCUUUAGCCAGUGUCACAAUCACCCUGAGGGCUUGCUAAGGCACAGCUGGCUGGGUCCAACCCUCAGGGUAUCUGAUUGAGCAGAGAAUUUGCAUUUCUAACAAGUUCCUAGCUGGUGCUCCUGGUCCAGCGACCCGCUUUGUGAACUGGUUUAUGAACCGGCCGUCUGUUGGAAAAUAGUCUAGCGAAUGGUGACCAUAGCAUUCUGGGUAUGGAGGUGGGGGGAAGAAGAGUCGCUGCCCCUCCUGGGAAGUUGCUGUGAGUUCGUACGGGCUGUAGCUUGGGAAAGGCAACUGGAGGAUUGGUAUUUUUCAGUCCCCUGUAGUCUGCCUCUUUUCAGAAGAGGAAAGAGACAUGGCCUUGGUUCUAAUCUCAGUACAAUGUUAAAAAAAAAAUUUCAGUGCUGCCCUUUGGGCCCUUUAAACCCAAAGGCACCCAGUGGGCUCUAUUUACAACUGACUAUUUUUUUUUUUUUUUAAGCUGAUGUGUGGUUUUAUUACCAGCUGGGGACAUCAGUAAGAGACUGUGACUCCCUAUAGCCCUCGCUCCUGUACCAAGUCCAUCAGUCCUGCUGCCAUCAGUCUAGUCCCUUGUUCUGGAAGCCACACUGUCCAGGCCUCCUGCUUUGUCCUUGAUGUCUCUCCUGCUGUCUCAGGGUUCCUGCCUCCUCUCUCUCGCCUUGCACGUGGGUGCCUAGGCCAGGAAUGGGUGGAAGUCUCUGACCCUAAGCCUGAAAUGGUCUGGUGCUAUAGCUCCACAUUUAACCCCUGGAGGAAGGUCUUAUUUGUAGAACCUUUUUGGGAAGUGCCACUAGGUAGCAGGAGUAGGGAAAACCCUGAAACAGCGAUGACAGCAACAGCAGCAAGAGGAUGGGGCUGUGGAAUGGGACAGGAGCUAGAACCCUCUUCUCUGAGCUGCCCUGUGGGUGGGUGGGUAGGUGGGGGCAGAUGGGAGUUUCCUGCCACUGGAAAUUUUCAUCGAUUCCACAAGGAAGUACAUCCCUAUCCAGAGGAGAGCUGCAUGGUACUUAGGAAGGCAGGCCUGCUUAAUGGCUUAAACCAGCAGGAGGCGCAUGCUCAGAAAUCCAGGGCAAGGCAUAUUAUCACAGACACAAUGGAUGAAGAUGGAAGAGCCUGACUCUGGGAUCCACAUGAGACCUGGAGGCCCUCAUAUGCAGCUGUGGGUAUGUCCGGAUACAGUUGGCACAUAAACCUGGGUACACACACCCCUUUGAGAGCUCUGUUACGUCUUUAAAGAGUCCAGAACUGUUUUUGGUUUUUCUUCUGGCAGUUAAAGCAUGAGAAUAAAUGGAGAGUCCAGGGUAGAUUCUCCCAUGUCUAUUGUGCUUUGGGAAAUGAGCCAAAAUCACAAGGCAGAAGACAUUUGGAUCUUGACCUUUUGUUGCUUUAA